AUGAGGGGAUACGAACCGCUGGAGACCAUUGGAUCGGCGCAAGGAUUCCAUAGCGUCUUUGUUGAUGCUGUUCGUGCGCAUCACUGGGUGUACGAGAGAUACCAGAUGCUACACCGCAACAUUGAGCUCAACAGCAUCAUGUGGUAUGAGCAGGACGGACGGGUCGUCGGCGUGUUGUGUGACUGGGACCUUGCGGAAAACAAGGGCACGGGCGGGCAUAGGAGUAACCAUCAACGUAAAGAAAAUUCAGUCGCGAAGUCGACGACGACGGAGUUGCGAGCCACUGCCGAGGAUCAAGCAACGGAACAGGCCCGAAACCUGGAAAGUGCGGCUCCGUCGAACAUGGCGACAGACUCCCAGUGCGUAGUCAAGCCAAGGUACCGCACGGGCACGGGCCCGUUCAUGGCGAUGGACCUCUUGCGCGUGAGCGACCCACCCAUCCACAAGUAUCGGCACGACCUGGAGUCGUUCUUCUACGCCUAUAUCUACUUUGCUGCGACAUACAACCCAGACAAGCAGGCCUUUGGCUACAUCGAGGAUUGGCAGCGUGGUUCCCUCGUCCACAUCGGCCACCGCAAAUGGGACUUUCUCUUCGAGCCUCAAGUUCGUCGCCGCGUCGCGAAAGCCGCCCACGAUACCCUGAAGCCAUUGCUGGCCGAAAGCACUCCGCUGAUGAACCUUUUGUAUCAAUUCGGCGACAUCGAGACUGAUAGGGCCAUCAUCACGAAUCUUGUCAAUAACCCCAGGAUGACGCCGGAGUGUAAGCGGGCAAAGAUUGAGUCGCUGGAGAAGGAGAGGGAGGAAAAGAUGUCCUUUAGCAUAUUCAUGGAGUUACUGGGGGUUCCCGAGGAGGAGUGUGUCUGCACGUAG